AUGGUAGGAGAGCCUAGGAAACGCAACCCGAACUUAUAUUGUCAUUAUCAUCAGGAUCAUGGGCACACGACGGGAAAUUGCAGGAAUUUAUGGGACCACUUGGAACAGUUGAUCCGAGAAGGGAAAUUAAACCAACUCCUGCAUCACUCUAGUGGUAGGGCAAGCCAAGCAGGCUCAGAGAUGCAUGGGGACGCUUCUUCAAGACUUCCACUAGGUACGAUUAACGUUACAUUUGCGGCCCCGGGGAGGACUGGAUCUUGCCCUUCUAGGGUACUGUUAGUGAUCCGACCUUCGGCCGAGGAGCAUGCCCAAGUAUCGAAGAGGGUCAGGGCGGGUGUCCCCCUGAUUCUGGGCUUUUCGGAUGAGGAUAUGGUUGGAACCAUACAGCCCCAUGAUAAUGCUUUGGUGGUAACGCCAAGAAUUGGCGGGUACGAUGUCAGAAGGGUGAUGGUAGAUCAAGGUAGCGUUGUGGAUAUAAUGUAUCCAGACUUGCAUAAGGGGCUAGGUUUGAAGCCAGAGGAUUUAACAACCUACAAUUCCCCUCUAGUAAGUUUUGAGGGAAGGAUGGUCGCUCCCAAAGGAUUGAUUAGGCUGCCUGUACAGGCAGGUACGGAUGUGGUGGAGGUGGACUUUAUUGUCGUAGACGUUUUCUCUCUGUACACUGCUAUUAUUGGCAGGCCUUGGCUACAUACUCUUAAAGCAGACUCAUCUACUUUGCGUCAGAAGGUGAAGUAUCCGUCCAGAGGCCAAGUGUUGGAAAUAGUAGGAAGCCAGGCGGUUGCUCAGCAAUGCCUAGUAGCGGCUAUACAGCAUCGGCCAGAGGCAGAGACCUCGGCUACAGCUGAUAAUGAAUUAUUGCAAUUAAAGCCCCCAACACUAUGCUUGGAUGUCCCAGCCGAUGAGGCAGAGUGUGAAGACUUGGAGAGGGUAACUGUUGCUGGUAAUCCGAAAAACAUGUAA